CGGGACCGCCACUGGACCGGGACCGGGACCGCACCGGGACCGCGUCAGGCUCCGGACGCCUCACCGGGCUCAGCACCGGGACCGCAUCAGGCACCGGGAGCACCUCGGGCUCCAAACCAGGACCGCGUCAGGUCCCGGACGCUGCACCGGACCACACCGAGCACCUCGGUCCGCACCGGGCUCUGCACCGAGAGCGCCCCGGGACAGAAUCAGGCACCGGGACCACCCCGGGACCACCUCGGGCUCCGCUCCGGGGCUGCAUCGAGCACCGGGACCACCCCGGGACCACCUCGGGCUCCGCUCCGAGGACCAGACCGAGCUCCACACCGAGCAGCGGCGCCGCACAGGGGACCGCAUCAGGCACCGGCACCGCGCCGAGCGCCCCGAACCGCGCCGGGCUCUGCUCCGGGACCGCCCCGGGACCGCCGCGAGGGCCUGGAUCCGCAGGGGCCCGUGGCCCAGCCCGCCCCGGUGGCCCCGGCCCCGUCCCGGGCCCCGCACGGUCCCGCCAUGGCUCUGGUGCUGCAGCUCCGCUCCGUCUCCGGCCUCCGCGGCAAAGGCGACCGCAUCGCCAAGGCGGCGUUCCGGGGGCUUUCCUUCUACACCCGAGUGCUGGAAAACUGCGAGGACGAGGCCAAGUUUGACGAGACUUUCCGCUGGCCGGUGGCGACCAACAUCGACGGGAAUGAGAUCCUGGAGAUCCAGGUGUUCAACUACAGCAAAGUCUUCACCAACAGGCUCAUCGGGACGUUCCGGAUGGUCCUGCAGAAGGUGGUGGCGGAAGGGCAGCUGGAGGUGACAGACACGCUCAUCGAUGACAACAAUUCCGCCAUCCAGACCAGCAUCUCCAUAGAGAUCCGCUACCAGGCUCUGGAUGGGACCGUGGGCACCUGGAAUGACAAGGAAUUCCUGGAGACGCCCAGCGUGCACUCGGAGGGGGACGGGAGGUAUUCCUUGGAGACCGACAGCCUCCUGUCCAGCCACCGGCACGGCUCCGACGUCUCUCCCGGGAAAUCCAACCAGCAAUCCACAGAGAGGAGCUUCAGGAGGAUGGAAGAGGACGAGCUGUAUUUCCACAGCGAGGAUGAGCUCCUGGGAGAGGGGGACUCCCUGAGCCAGGGGUCCCUGGACACGAGCCUUGGAGAUGAAGCAGAAGAAGAUCAGCAUUCCAGGAUUAAGUUUAAUGAUGGAUACAAGGCAGUGGCAAGCGAAGACCCGGAAGAUCCCAGAGCCAAGGCCAAAGGGAAAGAGAAAAAGCACCUGGUGUUGCCGUUCAGCAAAGGCAAGGAGAAGACCAAGGAGCACAAAGCUGGAAAAGGAGUUUUUUCAGCCAUGAAGCUUGGAAAGACACGUCCGUCCAAGGAUGAGCAUCGCAAACAAGAUGAUCCGGCUGUUCUGGAAACAGAAGACCUGGAUAGAAAGGCCAUGAGAUACGGAGCAGGCCUGGAGCCAGACACCAUCUCCCUGGCCUCUGUCACCGCUGUCACCACCAAUGUCUCCAACAAAAGGUCCAAGCCCGACAUCAGGAUGGAGCCGAGUGCCGGGAGGCCCAUGGAUUACCAGGUCAGCAUCACCAUCAUCGAGGCCCGGCAGCUCGUGGGGCUCAACAUGGACCCCGUGGUGUGUGUGGAGGUGGGGGAGGAGAAGAAAUACACGUCCAUGAAGGAAUCCACCAAUUGUCCUUACUACAAUGAGUAUUUCGUCUUUGAUUUCCACGUCCCCCCUGAUGUCAUGUUCGACAAAAUCAUCAAGCUCUCUGUGAUCCACUCCAAAAACCUCCUGAGGAGCGGGACGUUGGUGGGGUCCUUCAAGAUGGAUGUUGGCACUGUUUAUACCCAGCCUGAGCACCAGUUCUACCACAAAUGGGCCAUCCUGUCUGACCCUGAGGACCUCACGGCCGGCCUCAAGGGCUACCUCAAGUGUGACAUCGCCGUGGUGGGCAAAGGGGACAACAUCAAGACCCCGCACAAGGCAAAUGAGACAGAGGAGGAUGAUAUUGAAGGGAACCUGCUGCUCCCCGACGGGGUGCCCCCGGAGCGGCAGUGGGCUCGGUUCUACAUCAAGAUCUACCGCGCCGAGGGGCUGCCGCGCAUGAACACCAGCAUCAUGGCCAACGUCAAGAAGGCCCUCAUCGGGGAGAACAAGGACCUGGUGGACCCCUACGUGCAGGUGGCCUUCGCGGGGCAGAAGGGAAAGACAUCCAUACAGAAGAGCAGCUACGAGCCCCUCUGGAACGAGCAAAUCAUCUUCACAGAGAUGUUUCCUCCGCUGUGCAAGCGGAUCAAGAUCCAGAUCCGGGACUCAGACAAGGUCAACGACGUGGCCAUCGGGACCCAUUUCAUCGACCUGAGGAAGAUCUCCAACGAAGGGGACAAAGGUUUCCUUCCCACCUUCGGCCCCGCCUGGGUGAACAUGUACGGCUCCACGCGGAACUAUACCCUCAUGGACGAGCACCAGGAGCUCAACGAGGGCCUGGGCGAGGGCGUCUCCUUCCGCGCCCGGCUCCUGCUGGGCCUGGCUGUGGAGAUCCUGGACACCACCAACCCCGAGAUCAACAGCUCCACUGAGGUGCAGGUGGAGCAGGCCACGGCGGUGGCUGACAACUGCAGUGGGAAGAUGGAGGAAUUCUUCCUCUUUGGAGCCUUCCUGGAGGCCACCAUGAUCGACAGGAAGAUUGGGGACAAACCCAUUAACUUUGAGGUCACCAUAGGUAACUAUGGCAACCAGGUGGAUGGCUCCAGCAAACCCCUCCUGAGGAGGAAGAAAGAGGGAGGGGAUGGGGACGAGGAGGAGUCGGAGCUGCUCCAGAAUUCCAGUGACGAUGAAGGUGGCGAGGAUGGAGAGCUGGUUUCUGUUUCUUCAUCCCAGCCCAUGAAGCCCCUGAUCACUGACAGGAAUUACUUCCACCUGCCCUACCUGGAGAAGAAGCCCUGCAUCUACAUCCGGAGCUGGUGGCAGGACCAGCGGCGCCGGCUCUACAACGCCAACAUCAUGGACAAGAUCGCGGACAAGCUGGAGGAGGGCCUCAACGACGUGCAGGAGAUGAUCAAGACAGAGAAGCCGCACCCAGAGCGCCGCCUCCGAGGGGUCCUGGAGGAGCUGAGCAGCGGCUGCCUGCGCUUCCUGACCUUGGCUGACAAGGACCAGCACCACUCGUCCCGCACCAGGCUGGACCGGGAGAGGCUCAAAUCCUGCAUGAGGGAGCUGGAGAACAUGGCCCAGCAGGCCACGGCCCUGCGCUCCCAGGUCAAGAGGAACACCAUGAAGGACAAGCUGAAGCUGGUGCAGAACUUCCUGCAGAAGCUGCGGUUCCUGGCGGAUGAGCCCCAGCACACGAUUCCCGACGUUUUCAUCUGGAUGAUGAGCAACAACAAGCGCGUCGCCUACGCCCGCAUCCCUUCCAAGGACAUCCUGUACUCCAUCGUGGACGAGGAGAUGGGCAAGGACUGCGCCAAAGUGAAGACGGUUUUCCUCAAGCUCCCCGGGAAGAGGGGCUUCGGCCCUGCUGGCUGGACAGUCCAGGCCAAGAUGGAGAUCUACCUGUGGCUGGGCCUCAACAAGCAGCGCAAGGACUUCCUCAGCGGCCUCCCCUGUGGGUUCGAGGAGAAGAAAACCCCCCGAGGCCAAAACCUGCCGUCCUUCCCGCCCAUCAGCCUCCUGUACACCAAGAAACAGGUGUUCCAGCUGCGAGCCCACAUGUACCAAGCCAGGAGUUUGUUCGCUGCUGACAGCAGCGGGCUCUCGGACCCCUUUGCACGGGUCUUCUUCAUCUCCCAGAGCCAGUGCACCGAGGUUCUCAACGAGACCCUGUGCCCGACCUGGGACCAGCUCCUGGUGUUCGACAACGUGGAGCUGUACGGGGAAGCUCAUGAGAUGCGGGAUGACCCCCCCAUCAUUGUCAUUGAGAUCUACGACCAGGACACUGUGGGAAAAGCCGACUUCAUGGGCCGGACGUUCGCCAAGCCAGUGGUGAAGAUGUCGGACGAGCAGUACUGCCCGCCACGCUUCCCGCCACAGCUGGAAUAUUACCAGAUCUACCGCGGCAACGCCACAGCUGGGGACCUGCUGGCUGCCUUCGAGCUGCUCCAGAUCGGCCCUGGGGGUAAAUCAGACCUGCCCCCCAUCGACGGCCCCACGGACAUGGACCGAGGUCCCAUCCUGCCCGUGCCUCUGGGAAUUCGGCCGGUGCUGAGCAGAUACAGAGUGGAGAUCUUGUUCUGGGGGCUCAGGGACCUGAAGAGAGUGAACCUGGCCCAGGUGGACCGGCCCCGCGUGGACAUCGAGUGUGCUGGGAAGGGCGUCCAGUCUGCCCUGAUCCAGAACUACAAGAAAAACCCCAACUUCAGCACUUUGGUCAAGUGGUUCGAGGUGGACCUCCCUGAGAACGAGCUGCUGCACCCGCCCCUGAACAUCCGCGUGGUGGACUGCCGCGCCUUCGGCCGCUACACCCUGGUGGGCUCCCACACCGUCAGCUCCCUCCGCAAGUUCAUCUACCGCCCGCCCGACAAGAAAGCCCAGCACUGGAACAUGGCAGCCAAACACCUCAACGGCUACCUGGCCAUGACCAGCAGGGCCCAUCGUUCUCACCCCACAGGGGAGAUCGUGGUCAACAUGGAACCCGAGGUCCCCAUCAAGAAGAUGGACACGAUGGUGAAGCUGGAAGCUAAUUCCGAUGCAGUGGUGAAGGUGGAUGUGACCGAGGAAGAGAAGGAGAAAAAGAAGAAGAAGAAGAAAGGAGGAGGAGGAGGAGGAGGAGGAGGUGGGGAGGAAGUGGAGGAGGAGGAGCCAGACGAGAGCAUGUUGGACUGGUGGUCCAAGUACUUCGCUUCCAUUGAGACGAUGAAGGAGCAACUCCGGCAGCAGGAAGCAGCCGCGGCAGAAGCAGAGGAGAAGGAGGAGAUGGAGAUUGGAGAGGGCUCCAAGGCCCAGGUGAAGAACAAGGACAAGGACAAGGACAAGGACAAGACCAAGGCACCCAAAGAUGACAAGAAAAAGAAGCAGCAGCCUGUCCCUGAGCUCCCUGAGAAGAAAAACAAGCAGAAGAUUGAUGAACUCAAGGUCUUCAACAAAGAGCUGGAAACAGAGUUUGACAACUUUGAGGACUGGCUGCACACCUUCAACCUGCUCCGGGGGAAGAUUGGGGACAACGAUGACAAUGCCACGGAGGAGGAGCGGAUAGUGGGCAGGUUCAAGGGCUCCAUGUGCGUCUACAAAGUGCCGCUCCCCGAUGACAUCAGCAAGGAGGCAGGGUAUGACCCCACCUUUGGGAUGUUCCAGGGGAUCCCCAGCAACGACCCCAUCAACGUGCUGGUCCGAGUCUACAUCGUGCGGGCCACGGACCUGCACCCGGCUGACAUCAACGGGAAAGCCGAUCCCUACAUCGCCAUCAAGCUGGGCAAGACGGACAUCAAGGACAAGGAGAACUACAUCUCCAAGCAGCUGAACCCUGUUUUUGGGAAAUCCUUCGACAUCGAGGCCACCUUCCCCAUGGAGUCCAUGCUGACCGUGGCUGUGUACGACUGGGACUUGGUGGGCACUGACGACCUCAUUGGGGAAACCAAGAUCGACCUGGAGAAUCGCUUCUACAGCAAGCACCGGGCGACCUGCGGCGUGUCCCAGACCUACUCCAUCCACGGGUACAACACCUGGCGUGACCCCAUGAAGCCCUCCCAAAUCCUGUCCAAGCUGUGCAAAGAGGGAAAAGUGGAUGGGCCACACUUUGGGCCAGGGGGAAGAGUGAAAGUUGCCAACAGGGUCUUCACCGGCCCCACAGAGAUCGAGGAUGAAAAUGGCCAGAAGAAGCCGACGGACGAGCACCUGGCGCUGGCGGUGCUGCGGCACUGGGAGGACAUCCCGCGGGCCGGCUGCCGCCUGGUCCCCGAGCACGUGGAGACGCGGCCGCUGCUCAACCCCGACAAGCCGGGCAUCGAGCAGGGCCGCCUGGAGAUGUGGGUGGACAUGUUUCCCAUGGACAUGCCAGCGCCCGGCCCUGCCAUCGAUAUUUCUCCCAGGAAACCAAAGAAGUACGAGCUCAGGGUGAUCGUUUGGAACACCGACGAGGUCAUCCUGGAGGACGACGACUACUUCACGGGGGAGAAAUCCAGCGACAUUUUUGUCAGGGGGUGGCUGAAGGGGCAGCAGGAGGACAAGCAGGACACGGAUGUCCACUACCACUCCCUCACUGGGGAGGGCAACUUCAACUGGCGCUACAUCUUCCCCUUCGACUACCUGAUGGCCGAGGAGAAGAUCGUCAUCUCCAAGAAGGAGUCCAUGUUCUCCUGGGAUGAGACCGAGUACAAGAUCCCGGCCCGCCUCACCCUGCAGGUCUGGGACGCCGACCACUUCUCAGCCGAUGAUUUCCUGGGGGCCAUCGAGCUGGACCUGAACCGCUUCCCCCGGGGAGCCAAGACGUCCAAGCAGUGCAGCCUGGAGAUGGUGACCAACGAGGCCGAGCUGCCCAUGAUCUCCAUCUUCAAGCAGAAGCGGGUCAAGGGCUGGUGGCCGUUCGUGGCCAGAGACGAGAACGAUGAGCUGGAGAUCACCGGCAAAGUCGAGGCUGAGCUGCACCUUCUGACAGCGGAGGAGGCUGAGAAAUCCCCUGCUGGGCUGGCUCGGAAUGAGCCUGAUCCCCUGGAGAAACCCAACCGCCCGGACACGUCGUUCAUCUGGUUCCUGAACCCGCUCAAGUCCAUCAAAUACCUCAUCUGCACCCGCUACAAGUGGCUCAUCAUCAAGAUCGUGCUGGCCCUGCUGCUCCUCAUCAUGGUGGCCCUGUUCCUCUACAGCAUGCCCGGAUACAUGGUCAAGAAGCUGCUGGGAGCAUGAAGGGCUGGAGCCUCUCCCGUGGCCCCAGCCCCAGGCACAACAUUCCCAGCUCCGUGUCCUCCUCCUCCCCGUGACAGCCCUGGGGGCAUCUCCUCCCUGCUGCUGCUGCUGGGUCUCCUCUUGCAUUCCUUCUCUGUGGGUCCCACUCAGUGCCAGGGAAAUGGGGCAGGAGCAGGGCACAGACCCCACACUCUGCAUCCCACACCGGGGCUGGGAGAGGUGCCCAGCUGCCUCCUGUGGGGCUUCUGACCAGUGGGGUUGUGGCUGGUGCCUUCCUGGGAAUCGGGGGAAGGAGAGGGGGGCUGGGGCUGUGUCACUGGAGUUGUGGGAGUGCCCCAGAAAGGCUCCUUGGAGGGAUGUUCAGAAUCCAGGAUGGAGCAGGGAGCUGGGAUGGAGCAGCUGGGGACGUGCCAGCCCCAGCAGUGAGAGGGCACAGAGCAUCCCCAGCACCAUCCCUGCUCCUCUCAGAGCUCUGGAGGUCACAUUCCCUGGCACAGGGAUCUGUGCCACCUCAGGAAUGCUGGACAUGGUGCCCAGCAGUGAGGGCACAGAGCAUCCCCAGCACUGUCUGUAAUUAUUGAGUAAUCAAACAGACUCAACAGAAGGCUGGUUUGCACAGCAGCCGCUUCAAUACGAAAAUUCCCUCUUUUUAUAGACUGUUCCGACACAUUCAGACCAGAUUGGUCAAUCAAUCAAUACAUUUCAACUGACUGGCUAAUUAACAAAAACACCCUUCUUAUAAACAAUCAUUGAGAAAACCAGGAAGACAGAGAGUAGGAAAACACCACCUGCAGGUUGUUUAUAAUAACAAGCUAUCAUCGUUUCUCUACAAUGAAGUCUCACAAGUCCGCCCUGAGAAAACUUACCUGGUUUUCUCACUCUCUGACCAGGCUGUCACAUCCAGACCUGUCCCCACUGCCAGUGCCUGUCCCUGCUCCUCUUGGAGCUCUGGAGGUCACAUUCCAUGGCAUAGGGAGCUGUCCCACCUCAGGAAUGCUGGACAUGGUGCCCAGCAGAGUGAGAGGGCACAGAGCAUCCCCAGCACUGUCUGCAAUUAUUGAGUAAGAAAAGACAGACUCACCAGAAGGCUGGUUUGCACAGCAGCCACUUUAAUACGAAAAUUCCCUCUUUUUAUAGACGGUUCCAAUACAUUCAGACCGGAUUGGUCAAUCAAUCAAUACAUUUCACCUGAUUGGCUAAUUAACAAAUACACCUUUCCUAUAAACAAUCUCUGAGAAAACCAGGAGGACAGAGAGUAGGAAAACACCACCUGCAGGUUGUUUAUAAUAACAAGCUAUCAUCAUUUGUCUACAACUCCCUGAAGUCUCACAAGUCCGCCCUGAGAAAACUUACCUGGUUUUCUCACUCUCUGGCCAGGCUGUCACAUCCCCAGUGCCUGUCCCCACUGCCAGCAACAUCCCUGCUCCUCUCGGAGCUCUGGAGAUCACAUUCCCUGGCACAGGGAGCUGUCCCACCUCAGGAAUGCUGGACAUGGUGCCCAGCAGAGUGAGAGGGCACAGAGCAUCUCCUGCACCAUCCCUGCUCCUCUCAGAGCUCUGGAGAUCACAUUCCCUGGCACAGGGAUCUGUCCCACCCCGAGAAUGCUAGACAUGGUGCCCAGCAGUGAGGGUACAGACCAUCCCCAUUGCCCAUCCCCAAUCCAUUUGGAGCUCUGGAGGUCACAUUGCCUGGCAGGGAUCUGUUCCACCUCAGGAAUGCUGGACAAAGUGCCCAGCAGAAUGAGAGGGCACAGAGCGUCCCCAGUGCCUGACCCUGCUCCUCUUGGAGCUCUGGAGGUCACAUUGCCUGGCACAGAGAUCUGUCCCACCUCGGGAAUGCUGGACAUGGUGCCCAGCAGAUCCCACAGAGAGCCCUGGGGUGAGCCAGGGGCAGACCCUGCCCUUUCCCCCCACAGCUCCAGCAGAGACUGGGAUGUGUCCUAGAGCUCAAACAUCUUCCCAAAUCACCCACCCUGAGGUGGCUGAUGCUGGACGUCCCCAGGGCUCACAGCUCCUCUGACACCGUGUGAGCUCCUGGCGUCCUCCUGGAUUCUCCGUGUAUUUGGUUUGGCUUGGUAAUUUUGUGGCUGGAGUCCUUCUGGCCAUUUGUCCUCGGGAAGGGCUCUGUCCUCGGCUCUCUGUGAUAUCCAGCUGCUGCCGAGUCGCCUUUCCCAGCUCCCGGUGCACAAGACCCCCACUGAAGAACUGAGGUCAUCUCAGACAUGUUUUAAUGAGGAUAUUACUAUUCCAAUCAGUCAAUAAAAAACAGCUUUCAUGUCCGGGCUCUUGUGGUUUGAUUCUGACCAAAUGCCAGGCACCUAUGAAAGCUGUUCCUUCAGAAAAAAAAUUAACAAAGGGGUCAUAAACUGAGAUGAGAAUUGGAAGAAAAACACUCUAAGGGCAACCUCUAAGGGCAAAAGGUUCAAAUUUAAAGGUAUAAAGAUAAUUUAUUAUUAACAGAGUCAGAGGAGGAUAAUGAGAAAUAAAAGAAGCUUUUAAAACACUCUUCUUCCCCCUCAGCUCCUCCGUCUUUCCUGUGAACCACUAAUGCACAGGCUCAGAUCAGUGGGGAUACUGAGACAUUUAUUGCAAGAAAAAGACUGGUUUUACACACUUCUUCAAGACACAGUGUUUCCUUGUAAGGUAUUUCCUCACUAAGCAACCUAUCGCACGUUACCACAUCAGCAACAUAAAAUUUAAUGUCUUUACACGCAGGUGUUCAUGUGCUGUUCACUCACCCAGCAGGCUCCUCUCCGUGAUGUCUUGAGAGGCCACCUAGAACAGAGGCUGGACAGAAUUAAAGGAAUAAAGUAGGGAUUUAUUAAAAAGGCUUUCAAAAGAUACACCUUGGGCAGUACGAGAGCCUGGCCAUGGCUACACCCAAGAUGAACACUGGGUCAGGAGUUUUCUCACUUUUAUAAAUUUUGGUCCAUUUCCCUAUUGGGGUUAAUUGUCCAAUUACAGCUCCAGGUUAUGCAGUCCCAUCCUCCCAGAUUGCUCUCUCAGUUCGCUGUUGUUUAUACUUUUUAUACUCGAGGCACUACCCGUAGGGCAUCUCCCACAUCUCAUUUCUUCCUCUCAAGGUCACGUGGAGACAAAUUAGUCUGUGCUGCCAUGGCGUUCUGCAGGUGCGUUUCACCUCCUGCUGCUCAAUUCCAUCGUCCCUCUCUUCUCACAUUUUCCCACAGACAAGGCAUUGUAGCAGGCCCAUGGCCUGCAAAGCUUCCCUGGAGGUCAGAAGCCUGAGAUAGGAAAUGCCGAGUCAGGAUGACUGAACCUUAGAAACCCCUCUCCUCCACCUUCAGACCCUUGCUUACCUCUCUGUAAGCCUAUAGGUCACUUUCCCUUGACCCUUACUAUUGGACAAUUUCCAAAACCCCUGUAAUGUAUAUAAACCCCUACUUCUGCCCAGUUUGGCAGAAGAGCUGUCACUGAGAGCCUUUGUGGAAGACCCCAAUAAAGAAUUUCUUCGUAACCUCA